CCUUGAAUGUAACACGGGCUAUCACCUCCACCACCAUAGUUGGUGUCUCUCAUCUUUCUCUGCAAGGUUAACUAGUUAACGAGUGUUUUCCUUGAAACAUUUUAAUACCCAUUGGAGCUUAACAUCCCGGGGACUUUGUUAAUAUGAGAGGAAUCAGGUUUUUCGUGAUUUCCGUGGUGCUUUCCGCUGUUUUGCUGAACGCAGCCGAGGCGGGCAGGAGCGCCAGGACCAGCAACCAGAACAGCUUUCGACGAGCAGCUAACGGCAUCUACCAGACUCUGAGCAGUGUGUUCGGAGAGGACAACAUCAGGGGACUGUACAAGUUCUUCUCCAAAGCAACGGAGCGAUUCGUCCAUGGAGUGGACUCUUUUGUAGACACCAUCUGGAAGAUCUGGUCAGAUCUGCUGGAUGUGAUGGGCAUYGAUUCUUCAAACCUCAGCCACUACUUCAGCGUCACGUCUCUGACCAACUCCCCGACUCGCGUCAUGGUCCUGAUCUCCGCUGUCCUUCUGGCCUACUACUUCCUCGCCAUGUUCCUGUGGGGCUUCUUCUAUCUGCUGCACGCCAUUUUUGGGCGCUUCUUUUGGCUCGUCCGGGUGGCGCUCUUCGCCCUGUCCUGCCUCUACAUCCUGCAGAAGUUCGAGGGUGACCCCGAGCGCGUGGUGCUGCCGCUGUGCUUCAUCAUGGCGGUGUACUUCAUGACGGGGCCCGUGGGAGCGUACUGGCGCCGGGGAGGCGGGUCCGGUUCGCUGGAAGAGAAAAUCGACCACCUGGACACUCAGGUCCGGCUGCUCAACAUCAGGCUGAGCCGCAUCAUAGACAGCCUGGAGCGGCCCGGGGAGCAGUAAGACUCACAGUUGGAAGGAUGGGUUCUGGGAGGCGGAGGAUUAAAACAUUACUGUUUUCUACACAAAACAUCAGAAACACAACUACCAGGUAUUUUACAGGUCGGGGGCGAAACUAGAUUUGAACACAAUGUUUUAAAGGUUUGAGUUUAUUUUGGGAAUAAGAUAAGAAAAAUACCCUCGGGAUCUGACUGGGAGCUGUACAGAUAAACCAAACUCCCUUUUAUUUAUUAAGAAUUUAGCAGGUUUUUAUACACCGACCAGAAAGUUAUCAGUCUGACAUCAGCUAAAUUUGUGAAGAUUCAUAAUUUAAGAUCUUUCCUUUCCUUUGGCUGAAGCACCAAUAAAUAUUAUAAAUAAAUGGGUUUUAAUCCUCUUUAAUAAUCUGWGGGGUUGUAACUCAUUUUUGCUCAUAAAACAAAAACAAUCCUCUUUUUGAAACUGCUAAAAGCGAGUUAAGUGUUACACCCGGCUGAAACUGGUACAUUCUUAUAAAUACUAUGUAAAACUUUAAAGAUAAGUAGUCUACAGUAAGAUUUAUUUAUUCCAUCUAAAAUGUGUAAACAUGUGAAAGUAGUUUGUUUCAGUGAGUCACAAACCCACAGUGUUGUGAGAAAGUGUGUGUGAUUUUUCUCUUGUGGGGGUGGAGCUUGAAAAAAAGUGCUGUUUUUAAACGUCACCAUUAGACCUGGAAACGGCACCGACGGCCAGCAAAAUCUCAGGGACUCACUCGCCCAACACACCGUGAAAUGAAAUCAUGUCUCUCUCUCUGCAUUUUGAAUGUUUUAUUUUAUUUUUUGUGUGUGUGUGUUGCAGGUAAAAUUUUGUUCAUGCCUUACAUCCAGACCAAACCCAACAUUUUAUUUAAUGYUUUGUUACUGUGGAAUUAUUGUGAAGAUUUGAGCUUCUAGUUGGAUUUUAAAUUUGAUCAUUUGAUGUUUCAUCAUCAUCAGAUGGUUUUCCAUCCAUUAGUCUAACACUGUUAAAACACUGUCGGUGUUAUUUCUGGAAUAUCAGUUUUUUUUUUGUUUUCUUCUCUCUUUCAAUUACCUUUUAUAUUGCACUGUUUUAAUAGUCUCCGUUAAGUUAUUGUGAACCUGAUGUAUACGUCCUCUACUACUUUUUUUUUAACUUGAUGGAGUGAAAGAUGCAGUUUGAGCAUCACGUGGCUCGUGGAUCAGUAUUUAAUGUCCUCUGAAGCAGGCCAAUGAGUGGAAGAAACUUUGACGUAUAAAAAUUGUUUUCUCAGCUUUUAAAAGUCUUGGUGGUAAAAGAUUCUGUUUUAUUAGGUUCAGACGAAGAAACUGGCUAUUUCCCAGCAGCCCACAUUCCUGAGCAUUUUAGUACAAUGACUGAAUUAGUUAUCAUUCUUAUUUUGCCUUUUUCAACAUGCUCAUGAAAUUAGUGUUCCGGGCAAAUUUAACAAAUCCAUACAUAUCUGAAGUCUGGUUGUGUUGUUUUUUCUUGUUUUGCCAAAACAUUCCCAGUUUCUUUCUUGCAGCUCGCGAUAACUCGUAUAUUUCAAGUCACGAGAUUUUGUUGCAUGCUGUUGACUGCCUUGGGUCAGAACUUUAAAGUUUUGUUUUUAUAUAAUGUGACGAAUUAGCCUGAAAUUGGUUUGAUUUUUGAGUAAUUGUCUUUUUCUGUACUGAUUUGUUUUUACACUUAAUUAUUGAAAUCUGUAGACCAAAUUCUCACAUUUGCAAAAAUAAAAAAAAGGCCUAAACACUCAUGCUUUUCUCAUUCAUUCAGUACUCUAGUGCUAAAGUUCAGGACAUAAAGGUGCAUUUUGAAAUAUUUUAAAACACGAAAGCAGCUGACCUGAGAAAAUACUUUUUUGUCCUGAUUUGUCUCAUGAUGUAUUAGCCUACAGAUCAUUCUAGCUGUAGUUUUUUCUGUGUUUAAAGACGAUAGGCAGCAUCUGUGUGUGUGUGUUUUAUCAAAGUGGCAAAUAGCUGUACUGUUGAAAGGGGUUACCCGGUUCACCAUGAAUAGUUGCAAUAUAAAAKAUGUCAUACUGUACUGCUGCUGGGUUAGGAUUUAAAACUCAAAUUUGUUCUCUGAAAUUAAGUGAAGAUUUCAAAAUGUUUUUUUUUUUAUUAUCAGUAUCAAUUUUUUUUUUUAAUGCUACAAGCAGAUAUUUUUUCUCCUCUUCAUUGUAUAACUGUACUGUAUCCUGUCUGUUUCUCUUAAUGGCCUGUUUUUUUUUAUAUAAGUGGUGCCAAUAAUGUAGGGUUUUUUUGUAUUUUGCUUUAAGACAGUUAUGUAUAACUUUUUAAGUAAUUUCAACCUUAUGAAGUUUUAGACUUUUUACAAAUUUCUUUUCAUAUUUCUGUACCCGAGUGAUGUGGCGAGAAUCAAACUGUUCUGCUUGCUGAUGUCUACGUUGUUUCAGUGUCUUUAUAAAAACUUGCUAUUAGGGAAGUGAGGUCCAGAUUUGAAUAAACACCGCUGCAUAACUGAA